GAUCUGAGAAUCUUGGAUUCUGAGGAGGAGAGAGCUGGAGCCUGGGGGCUGAGUUCCAAGUGUGCGCACCUCCGUGGCCCCGGAGGGGCAGGGUCUAGAACUAUUGGCUUCAGCGCCUCGGACACAGAGGGUAAUGGCAUCUCCAGAUUCCCCGCGUGGUGAAGGACCCCAGCUAGCCGGCUCUUUGGUCUUUCUGUCCGCUCCUCACUGCCCUUGCGGAUAAUCACCCGCGCACGCGCACAGCUUCAUGAGCGUGCACCUAGGCGAGCACAAUCUGCGCAAGCGCGAUGGCCCGGAAGUGCUGUGGACUGUGGCUCGCCUCGUCCCACACCCGUGCCACGAAGCGCGCAGCCAUCGCCACGACGUCAUGUUGCCACGUCUAACCCGGCCCACGUGCCUCUUCCCGCAAGUGCGUCCCGUGGCGCUGCCCACGCGUUGUCCCCAACCAGGCGAGGCCUGCGUGGUGUCCGGCUGGGGCCUGGUGGCUGAUGACAAGCCUGGGACCAAAGGGAGAGCAAGGUCACAAGUGAGUCUCCCAGAUAUGCUGCAUUGUGCCAACAUCAGUGUUAUCCCGGCCACAUCUUGUAGCAAGGACUACCCAGGGCGCCUUAUGAGCACUACGGUGUGUGCAGGAGUAGAAGGCGGAGGCACGGACUCCUGUGAGGUCAGAGCCAUGGGUUUAGGGGAACAGGGUGACUCUGGGGGACCCCACACAGGGUGGCUGGUCUGUGGGGGAGUCCUGCAGGGAAUCGUGUCCUGGGGUGACGUCCCCUGUGACACUACGAACAAGCCUGGUGUUUAUGCCAAAGUCUGCAGCUACUUGGGGUGGAUCAGGGACACCAUGAAGAGGAACUGA